AUGGUAUUUGACUAUGUGGAUAUAAAUGUUACCUGUGAAGCGCCUUCUCCAGGGUUAAGAACAACAAAGGGGACGACGACGACGACGACGACGACGACAACAGCAACAACAACAACAACCCAACCAUUAACAACUACAUCAACACCACCAACAGUAUCACCAGCUGUACCUCCAGCUGAUGUCAUAUGUGGGUGUUGUAAAUGCAAUGAUCCCGCUUUCCCAUUAGCCGCCGUGAUUGUCCCCAUAGUGGUGUCCGUACUGGUGGUGGCUUUGGGUACGGCAGUAAAUAUAAUUCUGUAUAGACGGCGUAUUACGUUAGUCAAUGAACCGAAACCUGGUGGGAUGACCUCAACAGACCCUGUCCACUACGAUAGUCUUGACCAGUCACGUGUUGAACUCCCAAAUACGUACGAGGAAAUAUCUACCAGACAAACUUACGUCAAUAUGGCGGUGGAUACUUAAAUAUAACCAUCUCAUUAGUGUGUCGGAGCGUACAAGUCAUGCUGAAUUCUCUUCGUCAAUGAUAUCUAUACCUACAGAAAACAUUACAUAUCAACGAAUUUCUCUCUUUCCGUUGUGUUUAUAAAGAUAUUCGUUUUCCAUAAUUUUGCUUGAUAUGUAACAACGGUCUCAGUACUUAAAAUUAAAACCAACAGGAAAGGGCAAAGGUAUUUAUUGAGAGGUCUUCUUGAACAAUCGGUGCAUUAUAGGAUUUAUCUUAACAGCAAUGUGCAAUGGUAGUGUUUAUUUCAGCACAGACACUAGCAUAUUGGCAAGAUGACCCUUUAUCCAACAUGAUUAAUUGGAGCUUUAUCAACAAAAGGAAAACACUUUCCAUUGAAAAUCCUACGCAGCUAUUUUUUCGGAGUUUUAAAUCCAGCCAGCUACUUCAAGUGAAUACAUGUUCCUUAUACAGAUAGCAUUGUACAUUUGUCUGUAUUUGGAUAUUCCAAGAUAAAGGCACUUAUAGUCACUUUAAUCAUGGUUUGUUCGCAUAAUUACAUUUCCUGUUUAUAAAAAGAAGUACUAGGCUUCAUUGACAUUCAGCAUAUAUAACCGUACUUACGAUUUAUCCGAUUUUCCAAAAUACGAAACAAUGUUCGAUCACUGUUCUUUCAAAACACUGGAUAAUGAGAAGGAUGUUGUUCAACUUUAUAUAAACGUCUUACUACCAUUAUUAUUACAGUUAAGGCAAGGCUGUAGACCUUUUGGCAAAUGGAAUAUUGUUUUUGAAAAACACUUGAUUAAUCUUGAACAUCCUUUCCUAAGAAACGUUUCUAUUUUCUAUCAAAACAUUAGAUUGUUUUCUACUCUUUACACCACACUCCCAAUUUCAAACUUAAGGAACGUUUUGAUUCUCUUGUGAUGAAAGCUUUCUUUUCAAAUAUAUAAUUAUAUUUUUUUUAAAGUACAUAGCUGUGAACUAGAUGGGAGCACACAUGUAUUUCAUUUAACAUACGAAAAGUGGACAAAUAAAAUGAGAAAGUGAGAAUGAUGGAAUCUUCGUUGUGUUGGUAUUGGUGACCAGAUCCUCCAAAACACUAUUACAUACCCAAGGGAAUAAAACUGUAAAACCGUCAAUAUCACCUGGAGGUAAGGAUGUGACAAGUCGAGGCAGGUUACAAAUAAGAUGUAUGAUAAGCGUGUGAAUUUCAUGUUUCCCAAAUGCGGAUUCUCAAUUAUUUCUAGAUAGUGACAUUCCUAAGGAGUUUAUAGGUAAGGUACGCUUUCGUAACUUAGCUAGACGAGGCUAAAGGGAAGUAACUCGACUUAGCAAAUAAAUCUCUUUCACUCAUCUUAAUUAAAUCAAAGUUUUCUCAUCAUUUAACAUUUGGUAUAAUAUGUUUUUCAUGAUUGUUCAACCAUUCUGGAAGUGUUUGAGAAAAAAAACCAUAUUGUCCAAUUGAUUUUCCGACACAUGUAAAAACCUUUAUCAUCUUAUUUUUAUUCUGAAAGACAUUCCUCUAGAUAUAACAAUUCGGACUCAAUUUCGUAUCAGAUAGCACCGUCAUCCUUCAGAAGGCCCUUAACAAACUAGCGAUCACAUGUACAGGGGAGUACAAGAUGGACAUGUUCUGCUAUUACUCCAUCAUGAAUGAUAUGACAUAUUAUUUAUCCAAUCUCUUACUCUUACCGAUUUAUCACAACCAGGAUAACCAAUUCUUACGAUAAUCACUCUAUUCUGAAAAGAGAAAAGAUCAGAGUAAAUCGUUCUCAUAGCCCUAGGUCUAAACAGGUGAAUACGUAUUAUCAGGUAUGCUCCUUUGUACUUGAAUUGAUUUGGCAUAAAUAUAUCAAUGAUGUGACAACAACGACAAAAUAUUUUAUUGGUGAUGACAGGUAACCACAAAUCACUGGUAUCAGUUUGUAAUUUUAUAAACAUAGCAAUUUUAAUGAUCUGUUAUUAUACAAUUGAGAAAAAAACUCGUCAUUAAAGUAUGGAAUAAAAAACUAA